UCUGAUUUGAUCAAUGGAACCUUGUUUCUACCUCACCAACAACCCCAUUUCUCUCGAAACAUCGGAAUCUCUAUUGGUACAAUGCUCCGACUUCAACUGUGUGCACGCACGUUCUUCAGCUCCGGAGCGGGCGACUUCGCCGAUCAUCAAACUUUAUUCUCCACUCAGCUCCGAUGCUCAUCACCUUCAAUUUCAUAUUCCACUCCUACAGUAAAGCAUUAUCGUCGCCGGCGCUCGAAAUCGGUUGUCAUAUCUUGUAAUUCUUCUCGCGGUAGAAGAUCUAAAGACUAUGACUAUCAAGAUGGUGAUGAUUACUUGGAAGCUUCUGUUCUCAUGACAGAAACACUAAUGCACUAUCAGAUGCACAUACAAGGAUAUCAAGAAGCAAUAAAUUGGAAACCUACUGCAAGGUUGUUUCCAAUAUCUGGUAAAGGAAAAGGUCUUAGAAACAACAUCCAUACAUUUGGACCCGAAUUUCUUAGCCAAUAUCGAAAUCCCACUAUCUUUCUUAAAAUCUCAUGUGAUUGUGAUGGAGAUUAUUUGCUACCAAUUAUCGUAGGGGAAUAUGCUGUUGAAAAACUAAUAAGCUCCACACUGGAAGAUGAGGGAUUCCCAAAUCAUUUUCAGCUUGUGAAAAAUAUUGUUGGGAAACUUGGCUAUGAAGUAAAAAUGGUACAAAUUACAGAAAGAGUGGAUAGUAUAUAUUUUGCUAAUAUAUGUUUUCAUAAGCCUGGCACAGAAGAUAUUAGAGUUGAUGCUCGCCCUUCAGAUGCCAUAAAUGUAGCUAAAAGAUGCCAGGCACCGAUUUAUGUAAGCAAACAAAUUGUGUUGGCUGAUGCUGUUAAGAUAGUCUACGGGGUGAACAAAUUGCGCGAUAAAAAACCGACAUAUGACGUGUUUUUGGACAGUGCCAUAGAUGGUCCAGAUGUUCUUGCUGAGGAGCUUGAUUUGGUUACAAAAAUGAACCUUGCUGUUAAGGAUGAAAGAUACAGUGAUGCAGCUAUGUGGAGGGACAAACUAUUGAAGCUACGUUUGCCAAAAAACAACCCAUAGGAUUUUUAUAGCAUUGUAAUUUUAAGUUAUUUCUUAUUAAGAAAUAAUUUGAAAAUACAAUGCUGUGAUUAAAAUUUUGGAUGAUGAUGAUGAUGAUAUGAAAAAAGUUCUUGCAUUCUAAAAAAUCCAGAAAUAUUUAUGGAAUUUGUUGGUGCUUGAAUGGAACUUCAAACCAUUUGAAGAUACAGUAAUGAAGAUGAGAUUAAAAGAUCGAAUUAUCAAAAUUCAAAACUAUAUGAAUGUAAAUAUUUUGAUAUGUACAGCUUUAAUGCCAUUAUUUAUGUGGAAAUUGAUGGUGUUUUCUUGUAAAUUGUUAUUGGUGGAUGGUAAUUUUAUUAAAAAAGUGUAAUGAUAUGUCUUUUAGAAUGUUGUGAAAUCUGAAAUGUAACAAUGAUUUUGGUUUUACUAGUGAAGUAAAAUGCGUGGGGUGAUGAUUUUGUGUACGAAGA